UUAAAGAUACCACGGCGUCAUCUUAUAGAAUACCUGUUUCUUAUUGGGCAUCUCGACGAUCUCGACCGCUGACUCAAUCAUAACCUCAAAUCCAGUGCUUUCCCAUUUUCAAAAUACACUCAAACCAUAUGGAAAUUUUAAUUAUUUUUUAAUGAAAGAUAUAGUCCAUAUUCUCGAGGAACAAUAAUGACACCAAAACUGAGGAUUUCUUCCAAUGUCUUGAAAAGACUCCAAGAACUCACCUCCAAGAACACAGGGAGGCUCUUCGGCGUGAUGUCAGAGAACUCCCUGACAGUCUUGAGCUUCGCCCUGAAUCCCUUGGAGGACGACGACUGCUCGAUCCCCCCAGCAGCUCUGCAACUGAACAUGCCAGUGGAGAUAGACCUUUGCGGUGUUCUCUUCAUAGGAGACGCCUCAGAGAGAAUUCCAGAGGCCUUCAAGGACAUCGACAUCACCGACAACCCCCUGUUACUACGAUAUACUCUGGGUGCCCAGCAGGUUCAGCCCUUUGUCUAUGUCCACCAGACGUUAAAGCCAGCGGGUGAGCCCGAGGUGAUCGAGGAGUCUGAGAUCUGGGAGAGAUUUUUCUACCUUCGCCUGAGGACGAGCAUCCCCAUGGCCACCCAGAGGUCAGAGAUCACCGAUGCAUUCCAAUCCACGAGGAAGAAUUUAGCCUCUGGAUCUGUUGGAUUCCACUUCCCAGAGGCCGACGUCUACCUCCUGGGGAGUGACAGCGAGUCCAAGAUGAUUAGCAUCAAAGAGUUGCUGAAGACUCCUAGGGGGAAUCUCCCUGGAACUGUUGAGGCCAUUGAUGCAUCGAUGCUGACGAGAAUGACCAGUGAAAAGUCCGAGGGCUCCCUGAAAUACGCACCUGUCCUCCAGCACAUCAAACGACCCUUUCAAAGCCUCCAGUUCGACAUCAAUGUCGAUACUCUUUCCAUUGUCGAGGGGAGUGUGAGUGCCACGAGACUGUACUCGAUCCUCGUGGAGUCCGUCUGCAGGAAUCUGAGGCUCAUUGAGAGGUCCUUCACUCUUGAGCUGGAUCAGCAGGAGGAGUUGAAGGUUCCAGAGGUCUUGCACUUCAAACCGAGGAAUUGCAUGCAUCUGGUGACGGUGGCUUAUCCCAAGGGGAGCGAUGAUGAAGACACAAAGGACUAUAGGAAAAAUCUCCAUAAAGUUUUGUCGUUUGAUCUCUCGAGGCCUCUGUUCUGUAGAGGUAAUACCGUCAGAUUUUCGAGUGAUUUUACGAGUAAUGAACCGAUUCUCAAUCCUCAUGAGGCUGUUCCACCCCUUGGGAAUGAUUUCUCGACUAGUUUAGUGAAGGGACUGUAUGCCUAUCAUCAUUACAUGCAGGACAACUUCGAUGACAGUGGGUGGGGAUGUGCGUACAGAUCGUUGCAAACGAUUUUCUCGUGGUUCAGGCUCCAGGGAUACACUGGACAACCAAUCCCCUCUCACAAAGUCAUCCAGAAGUGCCUGGUGGACAUCGGGGAUAAAGCUAACAAUUUUAUCGGAUCGAAACAGUGGAUCGGCUCCACUGAAGUGGGAUUCGUUCUCGAGUCUCAUCUGGGUAUUUCAGUCCGAGUACUGUGCGCUGCCACUGGGGAACAAAUGAGGGAUCAAGUCAUGAGUCUCAAGGAGCACUUCGAAUAUCAAGGAACACCAGUUAUGAUUGGAGGUGGUGUACUAGCUCACACAAUUCUCGGAGUCGCUCACAAUGAAGAAACAGAUGAAAUGAAGUUCUUAAUCCUAGAUCCUCAUUACACAGGAUCAGAGGAUAUUAAAACAAUUGUCAGUAAAGGCUGGUGUGGCUGGAAGGGACUGAAUUUCUGGAAGAAAGAUGCAUUCUACAACAUGUGUCUGCCCCAAAGGCCAUCCAGAUACUGAAACAUUCUAAUUUUUAUUCAUCGGAAAUUGGGAAAAAAAAUCUGAUAUGAGUGGUAAAACGUAACAAGUCGAUUCAUCAAAACUCGUUCAAUUUAGGGAUAUUUUGAUAAUUGUGAUUUUAGGGGAAAAUCGUGAGAGAUUUUUAUAGGGAAUUCUUUCCACUGAGAAGAAGAUCUGAUCUUCUUCCCUAGAAUUAGUGAACUCGAUGAUAAUUGCAUGAUUAAUUUCGACUAAUUACAUUUUAUCAGUUCAGCACAGAAUUAUCCACAGUCCGGAGGUGAUUUUUUUGUCUUCAACGGUGCACAUAAUUGUUCAGUGGAGAUAAAGUUUUAUCCAUGGAUAUUUACUGUAGAUAAUACAUUAUUUAAUAAACGUUUUCAUGUUACACUUUUA